UCACCAAACACCAACUUGCUCUUUAAUGGGCUUUAUUAAGCCCAUUUAAUAGUAUUAAGCCCAAUGUAACUUUUCGAAAUUUGAAUUUGACAGUAAGUCUCUUUAUAUUUCGCUCAGCGCUAAACCAACAAGCAAGAGAGACGGAGGAGAUGAAGGGAGGAGGAGAGAAGAAGAUGACUCUAGAAGAGUACGUUGAUUACUUCAACUCUGGAAAGUCCAUCGACUUCACUUGCUCAUACCUCAAUCAGAUCCUUCAUCUGCACGGUUUCCGAAAGCUUCACCAUUCGACUAAGAAAACUGUUGGCGAAGCCGUAGACGCAGUGGAGCUGCUAGAUCUCUCUCGCUCGACUCUGAAUCAAACCACACUCUCCUCAUCGUCAGCUUCCCUGACUCUCGAUCAAGUGAUAAGCGAUAUCGAAGCUCUCAAAUUGCAGGAAUGCUGUAUCACCUCUCUCCAGAUCAUCAGUUCAGAUGAUAGUAGUACUCGAGCAGUGGCCAAUCCGAAAGAGCGAUCGAACAAGAGAAAGAAGCAAGGAAACGAAAAGAAGAUGAUGAAGAAGAAGAGGAAUGUUAAGAGCAUCAGAUCUGUGAAUGAAGCAGCAGCUGAAACCUCAUGCUCGUCCUAAACCACUCUCUGGAUGCUAAAAUCUGCCGUUUACUUGUCGCGCAGUAUGAAUUUAACAAUUGUCGACCUGAGAUAGAGGUAUAUGUAUGAAGAGAAUUAUGAUUUCGUUUUACCUACUGUGUUAGACUUACAUGUUUAGUCGUAGACCAAUUGGGGCAUCAAUAUUGAAUUCUGGGUGGUACGGAUUUAUUUUUUGUAUUAUGAGUAUCUGCCCGACGACAUCUGCACAAUGAUUAUGAGUUAGAAUAAACAUCCAUAUUUGUUUAAUUGAUAUUGGGCUGACUUACUUACCUGGUAAGUAGGUGGGUGUAGUGGCUAAGCACAAUAGAUUUUUGUAAUUCUGGGGAGAGAAAUUGUGAACUGGAAAUAUUGGACCAAUGUCUGUAACUUUCGAUGUUAUUGUCUUUUGAUCGAUCUGAAUGUAAUACGGCAGUUGGGUGAGUUUUCGAUGUCGUGAAUUAUGUAUGACAGAAAAUCCUGAAAAUUCAAAUAUUUUUUGGAUUAUUUGGCUGAAUGUUUCCGGUGAACCGACCUUCUAAAUAGUUGUCCCUGAAUGUGAACAAAUUUUGAUGUGCCGAACCAAUUGAGUAAAUAGUGAGUAUUUUAAACCAAAUAUGUUGAAUUGGAAAAUACAUAUAUAUGUAUAUGUUAAAGUUUUAAUAAAAGGCUUACGUGGUGGUCGUAGCACAUGAAGCCGAUGCAAACUUUAGUAUUAUCCGCUUGGUGUUUUCUGAUGUUCCAAACACUUCUUAUAUAAACCGUGAUAGGGCGCACUGAGAUUCCUUCCUGAAGUUGGUGGAUUCUUUGAGGAAUGUGUUGCAUGUGAGAUAUCAAUGUAAAACAUGCGAUUUUAAGCAAGAAUAUACAUUCUCCAGUAUUACAAAGUUAUAAUAUAUUUAAAUUAAUAUUCUGUUAAUUAUUAAAUAUUUCAUAAAAAUAAAAAUAAUUUAUUCUAAUGUUGUUUGAAUUGAUAAUAUAUGUACAUACUUUUUUGUAAAAUUAUUAGGUCUGCGAGUGCAACCAAAACAAUAUCAUUCAUACAAAGCAUAAGAAAUUCAUCCGAAAUUACAGUUGUCUUACCUACAAAACUUCUAAUAGUAUAGUUAGCUAACUUCUUAAUACAAAUUUUAUAUCAUUGACUAUAUAGAUAGAUAUUCUUACAUUGCUUACCACGUUUUUAUCUGAAAUACAUAACUUCCUGCAAAAUUGUAAUUGCUAUUGGAAUUACACAAGAAUGUCCAAUACGAUAUAAUAGAGUUGUAUUUUGUAGUAUGAACAUUAUAAUUAAUAUAUUUUCGGCGUCUUCUAAUAUGUAAUUUGGCUUGUCUUUUUGGUCUACAAAUUGUAAUAAAUAAGUAAAAUAUAUAUAUUUUUUUUAAAUGUUUAAUUUUAAUAAAUUAGCACUCAUCAUUAAAAUGGGUUAUAAUUUGUAAAGUAUAUAAUAUUGUUUACAAAAAUAAAUUUAUUAACAUAGGCUAAACUCUUAUAUCUAUAACUAUAUAUUAUCUAAAAAUAAAUUUAUUCGUAAACUAUGUAAUAUAUUUUCUAAUCACCAGAUCGAAUGGAUUGACGUAAAAUUGUUUUAAAACUAUCAACAGUAUAUUGUUUAAAAAUGUUUAUAUAAAAAAUAUAAUAGUAUAUAAUAAACUUUAGUUCAUAUACUAUUUAAAAACAUGUUAUUAGUAAACUUUGAAGUUUUGGUAAUUAAUUUAGAAUAUUAAAGAAAAAUCAAAUUUAAAUUAUAAAUUUUCUUAAAUAAUAUGAUAUAUGCUACUAUGCAUAAAAAUUUACUAAAAUAAUAGAGCUGCAUUAUUUAAACAGAACAGAAUUUUUAUUUCUAAAUUCUGUAAAAUACUACAAGGAUAGAUGUCAAAAGUAUAAUAUAAAUUAAUUUAAAAUGUGUUAUAUACAAAAUAUAUAAAUCAAAUAAUAAUAUAUUUUAUUGUACUUAACUUGAAAUAUAGCAGUAAGUAAAAAACUAAUAAAAAGUUAAAUGUAUUAAAAAAUCACUAUCCAGUAACAAAAAAUAAAUAAAUAAAAAUCACUAUAUAUUAAUAAUAUGGAAUAAAAAAUAUAAACGAUAAUAUCAUAGAGUUACACAAUAUAUAACACUAAAAUAUAAAUUAUACAUUUAGAACAUUGGUUUGGAGUCUGUUUUUGCAAGUCUUUCUCAGAAUUUUUUUAUAUUUAGUCUAUAAUUCUUCUCUAUGUAAUUGUCAAUCCAAUCUUUGAUAAAUAAAAGGGUUGGAUAACGUGUUGGAGCAAGGAUAAUAAACGCAACAAAUGGCCUCAAACAAUUAUAAACCUUAAGGGUAGAGCCUAGCUUAAAAGCAACGAAAAGUAUAAAAGCUUCUACGCUGAACAAUUCGAAUCAGUUCUGAGAUUUAGCCAUGGCUUAUUUCCGAUUAAACACUGCAGAGAAUGAAGCAGGAGAUGACUUGUUUAUCUGCAAGCGAUGUGGCUUGGUUGGAGGGUGUGUUAUCCAUUCUAGUCUUGAACAGCGACUGUUGCAACCAACUCGCUGCAGAUCAGAUAUGUCAAUACAGAUACCUGCUUACUAAUAUGUUGAGUUAAUAUUGAUUCUAUUUAGCUUACAGAGCUUCUGGAGAAUAGUCGUGAGAAGGUGGGAGAGAGGAGCUGUUGGUUUAGGCAAGAAAGAGGUAGGUUUAUGAGAGAAUCGUUUACAACAGGGUAUUAGGCAAGAGUUCCACUAUUCAGUUCAAAGAAGCAUUGUUAAGAAUAUUAACUUUCCUUUUCAUACGCAGAUUGAUAUAAAUAUGGUAUUCUGUAAUGAUUUCAAAAAAAAAAUACGUUUGUAGAGUAGACAUUGAGAGGUAUUAAUAUGUUUGCUUUGAUUGCGUAAUAGUAAAUCACAGUUUCAAAUCAUUAACGUAGGCAAUUCAAGCAAAAAAAAAUGAAUGAUGAAAAUCAUUUCUUCUUCCACUUUGUUUCAAAAGAGGGAGUCAUUCUUUAUGACUAAAGGAAACUUCAAUCCAAAAACAUCAACAACAAAGAAAAAAAAUAAUGCAAAGAGAGUGGUGCAUAUAGAUGGAGCGCAAAGUCAAUCCUGUGAGCGUUUAGUUUCUUCUGAUUCUCACCUCCUCUUCAAGCAUCUGCACACUGCAUCAUUUGAGACAAUUGGAACAAUCAAAUCAAAAUUUUCCUAAAUUUUAGAAGUAUCGUAAACAAAAAAUAUCAAAAGUGGAGUUUUAUCUUUACUACUACUACCUUCUGCUCCAAGAAACGAACCUGAGAAGAUAGAGCUGUCCCCCUUUAUGUCUAUGAAUAUUCACAAACUUAAAGACUCGUAGCACUCUGUCCUCAUCACACCAAAUUGCAGCAUAGGUAAAUACAAUACAUAAAAGAUCAUAAUACAAUAUGUAAAUUGCUCAGAAGGAUAAGAAGAAACCAUAUAUCGAAAUUGUAUUAAAAAAACUUAAACAUAAAAGUAAAAAGCCAGAAGUCUGAAAGGAAAAGAACACAAAGCCAAAAGAGAAACAUAAAAAAAAAGACUUG